AUGGACGAGUUAAAGAAUUACAAGCAGACAGAUGAGGACAAAGAGUUGUUGGAUAGUAUGCGCAAGUUGAUAAAGACAAUGUCGGGCGAGGAGGAAGAGACUACUUCGCGAUUCGCCGAUCUCGACCCAUUCAAUGACCCCACCGAAUUGGAACGCGUUGAUGAGCUCGAGCCAAUGUUCGACCUGACCGAAGAGUUGUCGCGUCUAGAGGAGAUCAUGCGCGCCGAUGCCUCUGUCUCUGAGGAGUCCGCCGAGAACUUGGCCGACCUCGUCAAGGUGCAGACCGAGUUUGAGCUGCAGGCCACAGAGACAGCACGCAACAACUACCGCUCGCUGGUCAACGACACGUCGCUGAUCAAUCGCGCGUCUGGCAUGAAACCCAUCAAGGACGUGAUGUACCAGUUCUACACGCCUCUGAUUGACAAGACCAAGAUAGAGCUGGACAGAAUGCGCAAGAGCGAGUCCGAGGAGUUGCUCAUCGACAUGAAGACCCGCGACGACAACCUGGACAAGAUAUUCGAGGUGCUGCCCUCGGCGCGUCUCGUGCUCGACUCGCUGCCCCACAACAAGGUGGCGCUGAUCUCGCUCAACCAGCUCAUGUCGGCGCUGCUAAUCGACCCCAUGAAGGGCGCCACAUUCAACGCAGUGAUCGAGUCGAUUGGCGAGGCAUUGCUGGCCGAGUACCAAUUGGCCGUGAUCAAGGAGCACGACCGCAAGCUCUACAAGCACAUCACCAAACCAUACAACGGACUGGUGCUGUCGGUGAACCGCGUGCAGAACGAGAUGCGCAAGCGCUAUCACAAUCUGGCCAGCGAGACCAAGAUCGUCACACAGCUUGGCAACUUCAUGCUCAAGAUCGUCAUGGACACAUGUCAGGUCAACAAGUACAGCGACAGCGAUGUGAAGGGCGAUCUCGUGCCGGCAUUCUACCGCGAUCAGACUUAUGAGAAUGGUCGCAAGGUGUACGUGGUCAAGUGCCACGAGAGCAUAUUCGAGAUGAUUGACGAGGGUCACUUCCUGCGCGAGGCUAUGAACGCACGUCUACUGCCAAUGGUCACCAGACCACAGCCAUGGGUGAAUCCCCACGAAGGUUGUUACAUGUCCUAUCCAAACUUCAUCAUGAGAGCCAUAUCACAGACACAAAGAACAUCAUUAUACCAAGUGGACAUUUCAAACAUAUAUGAAGGAUUGAAUAUUCUUGGAUCAUUGCCAUGGAAGACCAACAAGAAGGUUGUGGACGUGAUUGUCGAGGCAUGGGAGGCAGGCGGCGGAAUCGCCGAGUUGCCAAGUCGUUUCAACUUUGAGCAGCCAGUGGCGGCCGACCCAGAGAAGCUUACAACAGACCUCGAGAUGAAGAAACAGCACAGCAAGAAUGUCAAGAAGAUCAAGACGCUCAAUGCCAACCUCCACUCACUGCGUUGCGACACCGUGUACAAACUCAACGUGGCAAAGCAGUUGCAUGACUACAAGUUCUACUUCCCCCACAACAUCGACUUCCGUGGUCGUUCCUACCCCAUCCCUCCACAUCUCAAUCAUAUGGGUUCAGACCUCUGUCGUUCGAUGCUGCGCUUCGCCGAAGCCAAGCCGCUGGGCGCGCGUGGUCUGCAGUGGCUCCGCGUUCAGGUAGCCAAUGUGUACGGUGUAGACAAGGUGUCGUUUGAGGACCGUAUUGCCUUCACCGAGGAGCACAUGGACGACAUAUUCGACUCUGCCGACAACCCUCUAAAGGGUCGCAAAUGGUGGCUCAAGGCCGACAGUCCAUGGCAGACACUUGCCGCGUGUAUCGAACUGACCGACGCCUUGCGUAGCCCCAAGCCCGAGGAGUUCCUGAGCUCGCUGCCCAUCCAUCAGGAUGGCACUUGCAAUGGCCUUCAGCAUUAUGCUGCACUCGGUGGAGACGAGAUGGGUGGUCUAAAGGUGAACCUGCUGCCGUCGCCCAAGCCCCAGGAUGUAUACAGUGGUGUGGCUGUGAUGGUAUCCAAACUUGUACAUGACGACGCGCUGACUGGAAACAAGUUGGCACUGAUUCUCGAUGGCAAGAUCGAGCGUAAGAUCAUCAAGCAGACUGUCAUGACCAGUGUGUACGGUGUCACAUACGUUGGCGCCAGACAACAGAUCGAGAAUGCACUUGCGGACAAGUACAAUCUGACCGAUGACGUCGCCUUCGCCGCAUCAUCCUACAUUGCCAAGCUGACAUUCAAAUCACUGGACCAAAUGUUCCUUGGUGCUCGUUCCAUUAUGUCAUGGCUGGCACAGUGCGCCGGAACCAUCUCGCGUGAUACUGGAGAGUGCGUCUCAUGGUACACCCCACUGGGCCUGCCAGUCGUGCAGCCCUACCGCAAGGGUGGCAAGCAGCGUGUGCGUACGCUGGUGCUCGACUUCCAGAUGACUGACGAUGACGACAGUUUGCCAGUGGACUCGCGCAAGCAGCGUUCAGCUUUCCCUCCCAACUUUAUCCAUUCACUCGAUUCGACUCACAUGUUCCUCACUGCGAUUCAAUGCGACAAGCGCAACAUUACCUUUGCCUCUGUACAUGACUCUUUCUGGACGCACGCCUGUACCAUCGAUCAAAUGAACGCUCUGCUUCGUCACCAGUUUGUCGAGCUGCAUUCCCAGCCACUUCUGGAGCGUCUGCGCGAGUGGUUCAUCCAUCGUUAUCCAACCGUCAAGAUCCCUCCACUGCCUAAGCGCGGUCAGUUGGACCUGAGCAAGGUGCGAGAGAGUAAAUACUUCUUCCAUUAA